GUCAGGAUGGAAGUGGAGGUAAUGUACUCACAUGUAUGUACGUAUGUACAUCCUUUUAGUGAUAACGGUGGGGGAAGUGGGUAGAGCGUUUACUUUUGUGGCACCUUGAGGCUUGAGCAUCCCAGGAAGUUUCAAACGUGUUUAGGCUGGGGAGAAACAACUGGUGGUCGAGGUAUAACAACAAUACGCAGCGUGCAUGAUCCGUCCAGAUGGUGAUGCGAUCGAGUCUUUCCCAGAGACCCUUCCAUCUGGCGGUCAGUCAGGCAAACAUUGGUGGUGGUGGUAUUUUUGUCGCUUUGUCGCUUUGUCGCUUUGUCCACGGCAAUGACAAGCACGACUCGAGAAUCAAAUCAACUCGUGCGCUGAUCGCGAGAAACGUGAAAAUGAAAAAAAAGUAAAAAAGAAAGAAAGAUAAUCUUCAGCAGAGAUGGAAGUCUAGCCCUUGAUGGUGGGAAUUAAGGAAGAGAGAGACUCGGUCCUCCCCCCAAUGCGCGGUAUCCGCCCGGCUAUUUCCUUAAGCCCUGCUUAUGUGGUGUUCCUCCUUACAGUAGUCCGGUCGUCCUCCUGGUUGUAUUGUAUAUCCAACAAACACAUAAUCAUCAGCAGUUGAUACGGCAAUGAAGGUACGUACCAUGGAGUUGUGG